AUGCAUUCACAACACCAAUCAUUACAAUGUGGUACGGUAGCAUUCGAUAAAUUAUCAUUCGAUCCACCAUUUCGAUCGAAUUCUCUACCAAUUGGUCGUUUACUUUAUAUACCAUUGGAACAAAUUGUUGGCGGUGAUAUAUGUCGAUUAGUUACCACUACUUCAAGAUCAAAUUCCGUAUAUUCCUUUACCAAUUAUCAGCAAAUAAUAACAAUUUGUGGGAAUUGCACGGAAUGCCCAACCAGUUUGAGCAGUAUUUAUUUAUACUUGAAACGAAUGCUAAAAGAUAUGGAAAUUUCAUUAAUUGUUAUCAUUCGUGGUAUCAAUCAUCGACAAGUGAGCAAUAUUAAUGAUGAGAAAAAGGUUCAUUUUGCAUUUAUCGAGGAAGAAAUACCAACUGCGCUCGAUGAUUGUCAAAUUAUUGAUGGAAAUGAUGGAGAUGCUUUGCGUAGUUUUUCAAAAACUUCCGUUCUUUUUGUCUCCAUCUCAUUUAUCAUUUUAAUGAUCAUUUCGCUUGCUUGGCUUGUCUUCUAUUAUGUACAAAGAUUUCGUUAUGCCCAUGCUAAAGAUCGUCUACAAAGACGACUAUUUAAUGCGGCUAAAAAAGCACUAACACGUAUUCCAACAAGACCUAUUCGAGUUGGUGAUAAGGAACUUGAUACUGACUGUCCGGUUUGCAUUGAUCCAUAUCGAGCUGGUGAUAUUAUUCGUUCACUUCCGUGUAGGCAUAUAUUUCAUAAGACAUGUGUUGAUCCAUGGCUUCUAGAACACCGAACAUGUCCAAUGUGUAAAGGUGAUAUUCUAAAGGCUUUUGGGUACUAUGUAUCGUUGGGUCGACGUACACCAAAUGAUACACAUAGGGAAAGCAUUCAUCAAUCACCAAGGGAUGGUGAUAUGUUAAGCGUCGAUGUGCAUUCAUUAACCGGAUCUGAAUCUAUAUUUCCAUAUGCUGGACAUUCCGAAGUCCAAGAUCCAUCCAAUACGCCAGCUUUACCCCAACUUGUUCAGGUAAUGCAUUGCUCUAAUCCGAAUGCUUUUUCAAUAACGCCUUUGACAGUACACAGUGUAUCUUCCUCAGGAAAGAAUGUAGCAUCAAAUUCCGCGCAAGAAAAGAAUGUAACGAAUCGGAUCUCAUGGCAAAUUCGUAGGCCAUCAUCAACUGUUUCUCAUGUUGCAAACGUUACACAUUUGCGUUCACGUUCGUUGUCACAAGUCGUAGCACCGCUGGAAUCACAAAAAUCCAAAGCUACACUUAGCUCAAAUAUACUUAGCACCAGAUUUACAUCACUUCACUUCUCAUCGAUACCUACCAAAACUGUCAAACCAACAAGUUGCGAUACUUCCUUACCCAUGUUAGCAGCUUCAUCCGAUUCCAUUACAUCUUCAUUUCCAGUAUCAUCCAAACGACCAAAUCCCUCCUUACAACAAAAACUCCGAACAAAAUUUGUUGAUACACAUGAUAUCAAACGACCCUCAGAGCCCAAUUACUUAGCUAGCGUUGAGUCACUUUAACACUUUUUUUAAACUAACCUCUUGAACUUUCUCCGAAAAAAAAGUUUACGAAAAUUGUUAAUUUCGCAAAAUUACAGGACGAAAUGACAUCAAUCU